AUGGCAGAGAAGAAUGACAAUGUUGUCCGUCAAAGACGAGGACCUGCGUCUUCUGCAGACCCGACACCACGCCCACUGUCAAAAGCAUCACAAACCUCUGGACCACCACAAGCCGGACAAGUCCCACUCAGUCCAUCUGUCGCCUUCGCAAUCUUCUUUGCCAGCCAUAUCCUAGCCGCCUUCUACCAUCCUAUCAACGACUGCGACGAAGUGUUCAACUACUGGGAACCGACGCACUACCUCACCCAUGGCCACGGCUUCCAGACCUGGGAGUACUCGCCCGUAUACGCAAUCCGAUCCUGGGCGUAUGCUGGUCUCCAUGCCCUCGCCAUCUUACCGGUUCAGCUCCUGCCUCUUACGGGGAGUAGCAAGACCAUCGAGUUCUACUUCCUCCGUCUAGUGCUUGGAUUCGUCUGCGCUCUCUGUGAGACAAGACUGUACUCGAAGAUAGCUUCGGUCCUCAACCCACGGAUUGCUGUCACCUUCUUGAUCAUCAUGGCCACAUCGCCAGGUAUGUUCCACGCCAGUAUCGCUUACCUGCCCUCCAGCUUCUCCAUGUACACGACGAUGCUCGGUAUGGCGGCCUUCAUGGACUGGCGUGGCGGACUGCGAACGACUCAAGGCAUCUUUGCUAUUGGUGCUGGAGCGGUACUUGGCUGGCCGUUUGCCGCAGCCAUGGCACUGCCGUACCUGCUUGAGGAGGUUGUGCUUGCGACCAUCAGCGACCGGCAAGGCGUGCUUGAUCUCGUCUGGCGCUUUGUAGACGGUAGCGUGCGAGCACUCGCUAUCCUUGCUCUACAAGUGGUCACCGAUACCUUUUUCUACAAGAAGCUAGUUGUGGUACCAUUCAACAUUGUCUGGUACAACGUGCUCUCUGGAAGCGGCGGUCCAGAUCUCUACGGCACGGAGCCAUGGCAUUUCUACCUGCGCAAUCUGUUCCUCAACUUCCAUCUCUGGCUGCUAUUGGCGCUUCUUUCUCUGCCGCUCUUGCUCGUUCAACACUUCUCUCGCGCCAAAGGCAGCACAAGCGCCAGCCACCUACGAGGCAUCGUCUUCCUCUCUCCAUUCUACCUCUGGCUCGCCGUCUUCACCUUCCAACCGCACAAGGAGGAGCGUUUCAUGUACCCAGCCUACCCAGCGCUCGCGUUGAAUGCGGCAAUGGCAUUACACAUCAUCCUGGCAAACAUCGGCUCUACUAAUCCGAAAGACCUAGUCAGCAAGAUCCCAAUCCAACUACGCUUCAUCGCCAUCCUGGGUUUCGUGUUCACCUGCCUCGGGCUGUCCGCCUUCCGCACUCUCGGCACAAUGACGGGUUAUAACGCACCGCUGGCCAUUUACCAACCUCUUCACACACCUGGCCUUGCCCAACCCGGCGACAAUAUCUGCUUAGGCAAAGAGUGGUACCGCUUCCCAUCCCACUACCUCCUGCCCGCAGGCACCAACGCUCGAUUCAUCAAGUCCGAGUUCAGCGGUCUCCUACCCGGGGAGUUCUUGGAAAGCUCCUCAGCCAAGAUUCCAGGCCUCUUCCCAGCUACAUCAACCGAGCCACCAGGCAUGAACGAUCAGAACCUCGAAGACCCGGCAAAGUACACAGACAUCAAGCACUGCAGCUUCCUCAUCGACGCCCAUCUUCCCAGCACAGGCGUCUCGAAGCUCGAGCCGAACUACAACGCUGACACGGAGCACUGGGAACGAGUCAAGUGCCUGCCAUUCUUGGACGCGGCGAACUCUGGGGUUGUCGGACGACUUGGAUGGGUGCCAGAUUUUCCAAUUUUGCCACAACAACUCCGGCGAGUGUAUGGCGAGUAUUGUUUGCUUAAACGAAUGCAGACGCCGGUGGUCGACGGAAGGGUUGACCCGGUGCCGCAUAUCGAGACGUUGAGCUGA